GAAGCAUGUCGAUAAUCUGGCAACUCUAAUCCAGCAUGGCUGCGCCCAUCGCACAUGUGUCUUCUAAACAACAGGAGAUGGAAACUUCCGAAAAACAGCAUCUAAUGAGUACUUUUUGGGCUUUGGCUGCCACCAAUGACGAUAGAAGGAUAUCUGGUGCUAAUACACUCCUUAAGAUUCUUGAACAAAAGCAAAGUGUUCAAGAAAAUAAGGAGGCCUUGUGUGAAGAUGUUAUUUAUGCACUUCAGAGGCUAGUCAAAGGAUUAGCAUCUUCAAGACAAGGAGCAAGGCAGGGAUAUGCUACAGCACUUGCAGAGCUACUGGCAUUGCUACCUGUCAUCAGCUUGAAAGAGGUGUUUGUUUUGAUUAAGAAUCAUCUCCAUUCCAAGACAAGUAAACAGGUAAAAUCAUUUUACAAACUAACAAUUAAACCUUUGUCAUGAAUCUCUAUUUGGAAAUGAUAGUUGGUUUC